UCGUGUGUUUGCGUGAUAUGGCACAGUCAGUUAGUGCGACUACAAUGUAAUACUCGACUAUUCGACAAAGUGUUUCAAGGAGUUGGCUGGAUUUGUUUGGAACUGCACCGCCAUAGACGCGGCUUGUCGGAUCCUCUCUAACCCACAGAGACAAGUAAUGGCUCCAUGAAGCAUCAUCGAGAUGGGACGUCUAAAAGACUAAAAGAGGAUAUUUGAAUUGUCUGCUUUGUAAACCAGUAAGUUUGCAAAAGUCUUCCUGUUCGUGCCAGCUGUGCUCAUGUUCGAGAGUGAUUACGGGAACAUGUCGAAGGGAAGCAUCCUCAACAACGCCAGGGAUGCGCCACGACCGAGCAUUCGGACCAUGAAAUCACAGCUCUAUGGAGAUUUCGAAGAGCCUCCUGUUCAGAAGACGCAAAACCAGCUGCACGAGUUUCUCCUACACAACCACUACUACCAUCUGUUCUUCUUCGUCCUGCUCAUAGUGGACGUGCUUGUGGUGCUGUCCGAGAUCUUCUGGGAUCUGGAUGUGCUGGGGAAGAACGAGUGUCUGAUAAACGCAGACUGUCCGCGUCUGUGGCGAGCUCUCAACGGCACGAGUGUGGUUAACGACGGAGUAACAUGCAUGUACAACACAUCGUUCAACCAGUGUAUGUUUCUGAACGGUGCAAACCGCUGCGUGCCACCGGGUACGGAGAGCGAUCAUAACCCUGAGCACGCUCUGCAUACAGUUGGAUUAAUUAUACUCAUCAUAUUCGCCACUGAGAUUGUCUUCAAGAUCUUUGCAUUUGGCAGAGAAUUUUUCGACAUCCAUCACCGCAAGUUGGAGAUGUUCGACGCUCUGAUUGUGAUCACCUCGCUAAUUCUGGAUCUCGUCUUCACCUACUCACCUCACGCUAAUCACACAACAAGACGGGGAGCGGAACUUCUCGUCACCCUGCGUCUCUGGCGCUUUGCUCGAAUUCUAAACGGCAGCAUCAUUGCCACUGAUUUGCACGAGGCUACCAAACGAAAGGAGGCGAAGGAGAAAUGCGACACCUGCCAAUCGCACACAUCUCGUCUUGAGGCAGCCUUGGACGUAGCCAAUGACGAGAUCAAGGUGCUGCAGCGGCAGCUGGACGACACGUCUAGCCGGGAUAGCAAGAGCGAGAGCAAGAGCAGUAUGAACCUGCGCACCAACCUGGACGGCAUGGAUUCCACGCGCGUUUCCACCAUCUCCGUCCAGAUAGAUCAGGACUUUUCCAAUUAGGCACACUGUCCGUCCGUCCACAGGUAACACCAGCUCUCGUCACGGGCAGGCUUGCGCUGAAGGUUUGCCAGCAGGCUUGUGCUGAAGGUUUGCCAGCAGGCUUGUGCUGAAGGUUUGCCAGCAGGCUUGUGCUGAAGGUCUGCCCGAGCAGGCUUUCAUUCGCCGCCAUAGGGUCGGGAGGCAGUGUGGAGUGUGCCGCCCUGUGUGUGCGUGUGGGUGCGUGCGUGUUUGUGUGCGUGUUUGUGUGCGUGUGUGUAACUGCUGUAGCCAGUACGUGUGCCCGUGAGCGCUGUGACCUAUGCUUCAGCCAUCCCUUGGCAUACCCAGCCAUCCUUUGCACACCAAACCAUCCGAUCCCAUUGCCUUCUCGCUACCCGUCCCGUCCUGUACAGGGCAGUCAUUGUCUUCACGCUUGUCUACUGACCCAGAUAUGGGCACAUGCCAGAAGACCAGACACGUGCCAUGUCACAGUGCUACUCUUCCCUUCUAACUUAGGCUUACGCUACCAGCUAUCCACCGCUCUCUGACCAAUGCACACACACACACACACGCACACCAGUGCUGCGUGAGGGGCUUUCUCUACUUCUGCGUCGUUAUCCACGCCGUACCCAAUUCUCAUCCAGGACAAUACAGCAGAAGAACCUAGAGGAGUUUGCGUGGCCUGAGAUUUUUGCCCUGCUACCUCCAAUUUAAAUAACUCUACUCUGGUUUUGAGAGCAUCCGUGGACAAGUGACAGCUACGCCGAGCAGCUCGCUCCGUGGAUAUUUUCAGACACGCGGCUACAUACAGGUGCAAGAGGAUUCCGCUAGUGGGACUUUCCCUUGCGCAGCACAGUAGCCGAGCAAUAUUCUGGUCCGUUUUCGCUGGUGACUGCUUGUGCUCCCAGUGUAGUAGACGGCGCUGCCACCAUGGCGCACGCUGUUAUGGCGACAAGUACGAUAAUAAAAAUCUGGACGUGGACCCACGCACAUGCGUACACACACACACACACACAUGUAUCUGCGCGAACACACACAUCCCUGAUUUAUUAAACCACCCUUGAAAAGCACAGGCGCACAAACGAGCACAUAAUAAUGAUAAGAAGAAGAAGAAAAAGA